AUGACGUCUUGGAGGCAAGGAGAGCUAGGAAAGCGACCCGUUCGCAUUGCUAACUGUUCUGGCUACUGCGGUGAUCCUGCGGAGGAGAUGAUGAAACAGGCAACCCUUGGAGAUAUCGACUUUAUCACGGGUGACUACCUUGCGGAAGUCAACCUAGCGGCAAACGCAGAGGCUUUCGCCAACGGAAAGCACCCUGGAUACGAAGUCUCUGCCUUGGAAGGCUUGAAAAUGACCCUGGAUGUGAUCAAUACGAAGAGAAUCAAAGUUGCCCUCAAUGGAGGUGCCCUCAAUCCAAAAGGAUUGGCCGAAGCUGUCGCGGAGCUGGUGAAAGAGAGGAAUGCCACCUUGACUGUGGCAUAUAUCUCUGGCGAUGACGUCCUCCCUGAAGUUCGUCAGCGCAUACAAGUUGCAGAAUCUUCCCAGUUGCCACAUCUUGACUCGGUAGGCAAUAGCGUCAGGGUUGAGCAGGGGAUGAUGCCGCCUGCCGAAAUGAAUCCCGAUGCAAUCGUGUCAGCCAAUGCCUACUUGGGCGCCCGCGGAAUCGUUGCCGCAUUCAGAAACGGUGCUGACAUUGUCAUUGCAGGCCGAGUGUCUGAUGCCUCCCCCGUCAUCGCUGCUGCGUGGUACUGGUGGUCGUGGAGCGACACGAAUUACGACCAGCUAGCCGGCGGGUUGGUUGCAGGCCAUCUGAUUGAAUGCUCGGCAUACGUGACUGGAGGGAACUAUGCUGGUUUUACCGAAGCAAAGUAUGGCGGUUGGCAGAACUUUACCCAUCCAGGAUUUCCCAUUGCAGAAGUGGACGCAGAUGGAUCUUGCGUGAUAACAAAGCACCCCGGCACAGGUGGGUUCGUGGACGAAGAUACGGUAAAGUGCCAGCUUCUCUACGAGCUCCAGGGGAGCGUCUACCUUCAUAGUGACUCCAAGGCUGUCCUGGAUGAGGUCACUGUUAGGCAAGUUGGGCCAGACCGGGUGCGUGUUAGUGGAAUACGGGGCCUACCUCCGCCGCCAUCGACAAAAGUGGCCAUCUUUUACAAGGGUGGCUACGAGUCGCAGCUGCUACUGAACACAGCCGGAUAUGACUGGGAGGCGAAAUGCGACUUACUCGAGAAGCAGGUACGACUUCAGCUUGGGGACAAAGCCAACGACUUGGAUAUACUCCAGUUUCAACGCGUGGGAGUACCAGCCGAUAACCCCCGUACGCAAAAUAGCAGCACCAUGUACAUACGAAUAAUAGCGCAUAGCAAGGAUUCCAAGUCACUGAUGUUAAUUCCUAAAGCUAUCUCAGACAUCUCACUUAAACACUUCCAUGGAUUUCACUGCUCUCUGGACAUGCGCACCGCAUUCCCUAAGCCUUUUCUCGCCUACUACCCUGCUCUUUGGGACCAGUCAGCCAUUCGAGAGAGAGUCACGUUCAUCAACAACGCUGUCUCCUCGUCCAUUCAUCGCCCCGUCGAUGCCGGAAUCCCACCUAUUUUUGGGCCCCUCUCUAGCCGAGACAGCUACGAUACGGCCUCUCCGGUCCCGCUCACCGGCCCGAAGAGGAAGAUCAAACUUGGAGACGUGGCACUUGCACGAUCCGGCGACAAGGGCGGCAACCUCAACGUGGGAAUAUUUGUACGCACUCAGCGUCAGUGGGAUUGGCUACGGACAUAUCUUUCGCGGGAACAGAUGUGGAGCCUUCUUGGUGACGAUGCGAAUGACAGCUAUACCAUCGAACGGGUCGAGUUUGGGCACAUCUUUGCUGUGCAUUUUGUGAUCUAUGGCAUUCUAGGCCGGGGCGUUAGCAGCUCGACCAGAUUGGACGCGUUCGGGAAAGGGUUUGCUGACUAUUUGAGAGACAAGAUUGUGGAAGUGCCAGAGGAACUUGUUGAAUGA